AUGGCGGACGACGACGCCGCCGCCGCCGCCUUCUCCCCGGCCGACGCCUGCUGCGCCUGCGCGCGGCGCCCAGCGCGCAUGCGCCGCUUCCGCCCGCCAGCCCCUUCCCCCCCGCCCCCCUACCGCCAAAAGUCAAAGCUGGCCAAGUUGAGAAGGAGAGGAAGAGGGGGUAACCCUGACCGGAAAAUGCUGAUGAAGAAGAAGAACGGGGACACGGGCCCCAUGGGAGGCUUUGCGAACCUUGCUUUGGACAUGGAAGACCACAUGGCUUCAGUCCUAGCCUAUAGAACUUUAGACCUAGGCGAGAGCUCAUGGAGUCCAGAGUCAGCUGCCAAGGAAGCUCAAAGACCGCCUGCCUUGGAAAAAGGCAACGGAGACACCAUCUCACAUGGGAAAUACAGCGCUGCUACGAAAACAAUGAUUCCAAUCCACCCCGAGCCUAAAUCGCCGGCUCAACAUCCUUUGGACAAUGCUGGAGUGUUCUCCUUCAUGACAUUUUCCUGGAUGACCUCUCUCAUGAUGCAGGGCUACCGAAAACGCCUCAACGAAAACACGGCACCCCCGCUGUCGGAGUAUGAGAGUUCAGCCAGAAAUGCGAAAAGGCUCCAAGUCCUUUGGGAAGAAGAGGUUACAAGAUGUGGUGUGGAUAAAGCGUCUUUGAAUCGAGUAAUUCUUCAAUUCCAGAGAACAAGAAUUUGCAUAAAUGUCUUCGUAGGGAUUCUCAGUAGUGUCCUGGGGGUCUUGGGACCUGUGUUGUUUAUUCCAAGGAUUCUCCAAUUCAGUGAAAAUACAUCAGGCAACAUUGCUUUUGGAAUUGGAUACUGUGUUGCCCUCUUUUUGUCUGAGUCUUGCAAAUCUUUGACUCUUAGCUUAUGUUGGAUCAUUAAUUAUCGCACAGCAGCUAGGCUACGGACUGCAGUUUCCACACUGGCUUUUGAAAAGUUGAUGAAGUUCAAGUCUUUGACCCACGUCUCUAUUGGUGAGGCCAUCAAUUUUUUCUCCAAUGAUGUCAAUUAUCUGUUUGAAGGUGCUGCUUAUGGUCCUUUGCUUUUUCCCGCCAUUUCAUCCCUAUUUGCUUGCUCCAUAUGUUCUCAUUUUAUCCUCGGUCUGACUGCAUUGUUGGCCACCCUUCUAUUUACCCUGAUUGCCCCAUUUCAAAUACUUUUGUCCCGUCUUGUUGUGAAGAUACAAGAGGCCACUUCUGUGGUCAGCGAUCAGCGCAUACGGACGACAAGUGAAAUUCUCACUAGCAUUAAGCUUAUUAAAAUGUACUCUUGGGAAAAAUCAUUCGUGGAGAUUAUUCAAGGUUUAAGAAGGAAGGAGAGGAAAUUAUUGGAACGAAGUAGACUUUUUCAGAGUUUAAACACCACUAUUUUAUUUUUAAUACCUACAAUAGCCACUAUUCUGAUAUUUCUCAUCCACACCCUUUUAGGACUAGAGUUAACUUCAUCACUGGCAUUUACCACCGUGGCUGUGUUUAGUCCGAUGAAACUGGCCGUGUUUUUUAUACCUUUUUCAAUCAAAGGAAUAACAAAUGGGGAAAUUUCCGUAAUGAGAAUGAAGUUCUUUGAAGCCUAUUUCCUCUCAGUAGCCAACUUCACUCACAUUCAAAAUGAAAAGUUUGCAUGUAGACUCAGGCAGGGAAUCCUGUUUCCAGUUGCUCAACUUCAGAUCAAGCUAAAAUUUUUCCUUCAGGAAAAACCCGUCCGUUACGUACAGGAGCUGAAAGGGUCUCAGAACGCACUGGUCAUGGACGAUGCCACCUUGUCUUGGAAACAGAAUAGCAGCAUAAAGAACAGAGGAGCUGCUGAACUGGAUGGGCAGGGGUGGUCUGGACACAGACUCAACCAGGAGAAUCAACCCAAUCAUGGGCCAACUGGGCCAGAGGAGAAAAAUGAUGGCAAAGGCAUGGCGUUGACCAAGAUAAGCUUUGCGGUGCCUAAGGGCAAAGUUUUAGGGAUUUGUGGAAACACGGGAAGUGGAAAAAGUUGUAUAUUAUCAGCUCUACUGGGGGAGAUGCAUCUACACGCCGGAUCGGUGGGGGUGGAUGGGACUUUGGCCUAUGUGCCUCAGCAAGCCUGGAUCUUCAGCGGGACAGUACGAGAAAACAUCCUCAUGGGAGAGAAGUACAACUCUUCCAGGUAUAGAUGGGUGAUCAGUUCCUGUUGCCUGAACAGAGACUUACAGAUCCUGCCCUUUGGAGACCUGACUGAAAUAGGCGAGAGAGGCCUCAAUCUCUCUGGGGGUCAGAAGCAGAGAAUCAGUUUGGCUCGUGCUGUUUAUGCUGACCGAGAGAUUUACUUACUGGACGACCCCUUGUCAGCUGUAGACGCCCAUGUCGGAAAAAACAUUUUUGAAGAAUGCAUCAAAGAAACACUUAGAGGGAAGACUAUUAUCCUUGUUACUCAUCUGCUGCAGUAUUUAGAGUUUUGUGACCAAAUCCUUGUCUUGAAGAAUGGAAGAAUUCAUGAAAAAGGCACUCACAGUGAACUGAUCCAAAAGCAAGGACAGUAUGCUCAACAAGUUCAGAAGUUACACGAGCAGACUCCACAGAAUGUGAAAUCCAUUGUAGAAAGACCAGAAGUGGAAAUGAAGAUGGAAACUCAGACGGACCCUGGUUCCCAAGUGACUUCUGCAAAUGGACAUAAAUCCUCCGGACUGGGGAAUCAGCUUACUCAGAAGGAAGAAAUAGAGCAAGGUUCAAUGAGUUGGAAAAUCUACCAUCACUACAUCCAGGGAGCAGGAGGUUACCUAGUCAUGGUCUUGAUCUUCUUCCUGAUGACCCUGAGUAUCAGCAUCUCCGCCUUCAGCUACUGGUGGCUGAGUGAGUGGUUAGGACAGGGCUCAACGACCAACAGCAGCAACAGCAGCAAUCAGAACAAUGAAACAGGAUGGCCGACGACAGAGCGGGGCAGCAUUUUAAACAACCCCUGCCUGCCCUUCGACCAGUUGGUGUAUGGAGUCACCAGCCUGGUGAUGAUCCUGACUUUUAUCAGCUCAUCGGGGAGCUUCACGCUGACAACAAAAAAAGCCUCCUCGGCUUUCCAUAACAACCUCUUCAAGAAGGUCCUUCGCUGCCCAAUGAGUUUCUUUGACACAACUCCUACUGGAAGACUCUUGAAUUGUUUCUCUGGGGACCUGGAUGAGUUGGACCGGAACCUUCCAAUUAUUGUGGAAGAGUUCUUGCUGUUGAUUUUUAUACUCAUGUCAAUUUUCACCAUCAUUUUAGUGUUGUCUCCUUAUUUUCUGGUCGUGGGAGGCAUCUUCAGUGCUGUCUUUCUCACCAUAUUUAGAGUCUUCAAGGCAUCCAUCAGGGUGAUUAAGAGAAUGGAAAACUGCAGCCGGUCACCACUCUUCUCUCACAUUCUUACUUCUGUGCAAGGCCUGAGCUCCAUCCACAUCUAUGGUAAAACAGAAGACUAUAUCCAGCAUUUCAGAACACUAACUGAUGAGAACUGCAACUAUGUCUUGCUGUUUAUGUCCUCAGUGAGGUGGAUGACUUUGCGGCUUGAGCUCCUGAGCCACUUCGUGACCCUGGCUGUGGCCUUGUUUGUCGUCUUGGGUCCGCCUUCCAUUUCCCCUUCAUACAAAGCCAUGGCGAUGAGCUAUGUACUUCAGUUAGCCACCUAUUUUCAGACUUGCACCAGGCUUGGGGCAGAAACGGAAGCCAGGUUGACCAGUGCAGAGCGGAUCCUGCAAUACCAGGAGAAGUGCGAUCCUGAACCCCCACUGCAUAUCACUGGGGUGAACUGCCCAAAAGGCUGGCCCGACCGUGGAGAAAUCAUCUUCAAAGAUUAUCAGAUGAAAUACCGGGACAACAGCCCCAUCAUACUGCACGGGAUCAACCUGACGUUCCACAGCCAAGAAAUGGUGGGCAUAGUGGGAAGAACAGGCUCCGGAAAAUCCUCUUUGGGGGUGGCGUUAUUCCAGUUGGUGGAACCUGAUGCUGGAAAAAUCUUCAUCGACAACGUUGAUAUCUGUAGCAUCGGUCUAGAAGCUCUCCGAACCAAGCUCUCUGUCAUUCCCCAAGAACCAGUCUUGUUUGUCGGCACAGUACGGUUUAAUUUAGAUCCCUUUGACAAUUACACGGAUGAGCAGAUCUGGAAAGUUCUGGAAAGGACAUUUUUGACUAAAGCAAUCGUAAACCUACCAGGGAGAUUACAAGCCAAAGUUGGUGAAAAUGGCAAGAACUUCUCUGUCGGGGAAAGACAGCUGUUGUGUAUAGCCAGAGCCCUCCUCUGCAAUACUAAAAUCAUACUGAUAGAUGAAGCCACAGCCUCUGUGGACCCAGAAACAGACGCCCUAAUUCAGCGCACCAUCAAGGAAGCAUUCAAGGGCUGUACGGUUUUGAUCAUCGCUCAUCGAAUCACGACCGUUCUCGACUGUGACCGAAUCCUGGUCAUGGAUGGUGGGAAGGUGGUUGAGUUCGACAAGCCCGGAGCUCUGCUGCAAAGCCCAGACUCGGUGUUGGCGAGGCUGCUGGCGGCAGCAAACACCCCACCGAGUUAG